CAAAGAUGUCGGUGAAUCUAGACGACUGGGGGGGUCCUUUGAGCCUCCCGGAGGUAGAGGAGAAGCCGGCGUAUCAUCUGCGGGUCAGCUACGGGGCGCUGGAGAUCGAUGAGCUGGGGAAAGUGUUCACUCCCACCCAGGUUAAGAAUCCGCCGACGAGCAUCGAGUGGGAUGGCUGUGACCCAGACAAACUCUAUACCUUGGUGCUUACUGACCCGGAUGCGCCAAGCAGGAAAAACCCAAAGUUCAGGGAGUGGCACCACUACCUGGUGACCAAUAUGAAAGGCAACGAUAUCAGCAGUGGCUGUGUCCUGUCGGACUACGUUGGAUCCGGACCACCUAAAGGGACAGGCCUCCAUCGCUAUGUGUGGCUUAUCUACGAGCAGCCACAGGAGCUGAAAUGCAAAGAACCCAUCCUUGGCAACUGCUUCGGGGACAAACGUGGCAAUUUCCAAGUGAUGACUUUCCGCAAGAAGUAUAAGCUGGGGCCUCCUGUGGCGGGCACCUGUUACCAGGCUGAGUGGGAUGACUAUGUGCCCAAGCUCUAUAAGCAAUUGUCUGGGAAAUAAAACCAGCCUCUUCCACCCCACCCCAGGACCUGAUUUUUUUCCUCUAGAACAGAGUU